AUGCAGCGUCCCAGGGGCAUCAACAUUCUGAUCACUGGCACGCCCGGCACGGGCAAGACCUCCCUCGCCGAGCUCCUCGUGCAGGAGCUUGGCGACUUCGAGCAGGUGGAGGUGGGGAAGAUUGUGAAGGAAAAUUGCUUCUACAGCGAGUACGACAAGGAGCUUGACACGCACAUUGUGCAGGAGGACGAUGAGGAUCGGCUGCUUGACUUUAUGGAGCCGAUGAUGGUGGGCGGCGGCAAUCACGUCGUGGAUUAUCACUCCAGUGAGUUGUUUCCACAGCGGUGGUUCCACCUCGUGGUUGUCCUGCGCACCUCCACGGAGGCCCUCUUCGAGCGUCUCACCGCGCGCAAGUACAGCGAUCAGAAACGCGACGAAAACAUGGAAGUUGAGAUCCAGGGCCUCUGCGAGGAGGAGGCACGUGGGGCCUACGACGAUAGUAUUCUUAUUGUGCGGGACAACAAUACCCUUGACGACCUUGCGGUCACCGUCGACUUGAUCCGUCAGCGUGUGGACUCUCUGAGGGGGGCUACAGCGUAG